AUGAUUUUAUCAGUAGUGCUAUUGAUAUUUCGAAAUUAACAUUCUACAUGUGUCGUUGGGACGAGUCGUAUAUCUCAAAGUGCUUUUGAAGUUCUAGUUAAUCAAUUUCCCGGAAAAUUCGACCUCAACCUUAUCGAAACAACUGAAAAAUUCAUUUAAAAUAUUUGAUGAAUCCUAGAAUGUUGGCUCUGUAUCGGAUGCUCUCUCAUAAUUAGUUCAUUUGUACAAAUACAUCGACGGUUUUAAAAAUCUGGGAUACACAUAAUAGUGGUUAUAUUUUCUUUUAUUUUUACGAUAAUAUGGACCAUGUACGAAGCAAAGGUUAAGGUCGGCGAAAUGGUUAAAAAGACGAAAAAAUCGUAUUGGCGCGUCACCAAGAAAACACUCAAACAUUUGGGUAUUUUGGGAUUCAGCAAAACUGAGAACAUUUUUGGCAUCAACCCGAUUAUAAUAUCGACUAUUUAUAUAAUCCUCACACUAUUCUUAGCCUCCAUAUUAAGAAAAAUCGUCAAAAUCGUAUAUAAAAAUAAUGAAAAAUUCAGCAAACAAUUAAUUUUGGAAUUUAUAGCCACUAUCGAGUUGUGUGCAUGCUGUUAUGAAUUAAUUAUCAUUGCCGAUAAUUGGGGAAUUUGGGCGUACGCCCUAUACCUCUUUCUAUUAACAAUUUGGUGGGGAUCGAAUUGGGAAGAAGCGUCGGCUUGUCCUUACAAUCCUGUUGAAGAAGUCGUCGAAGGAAGCAGAGACGUUAAAUCAGCUCUUUGGAUAAUCGGCUCGCAACUUUUAGGAGCUCUCGUUACAUUCAGGUAUGUCCAAGUACUUUGGUCGCUAGAAUUGGUCGAGACUCACGUCGAUAAAGCUUACGAAGAUUGUACGACGGAUUUGCAAGUCGAAACCAGUAUGGGGGUGAUAAUCGAAGGGGCGGCGACGUGUUUAUGCAGGGUCGUAUCAAGAAUAUUGGGAGAAACUAACGCCAAAUUGGGAAAUUAUUUCGAUGCUUUUUUCUGUACUAUGAUGGUGGUCGCAGCUUUCAAUUUUUCCGGUGGUUACUUUAACCCCGCCUUGGCGACAUCAUUAAAAUUGGGCUGCGACGGAAACACUUUCGUAGAACACGUUCUUGUUUAUUGGUUCGGAGCUACUGCAGGUGCUGUACUUUCAAUCUUCCUCUUCAAAGCUACGUAUAUCCAAGACAUUAUCUCUUCAUUGAAGCCAAAAAUUGAAUAGAGAAAAAUUAUUUGCAAACGUGGAUUUUUUUUAAACGAAAAUUUUCAAUUCAAUUUUUUCUUUUGUCAAAUUUAUUUAUAUUUGCCAAUUUUCCUAAUGUGUUCAAAUAUUCGCAAUUUACAAUAUCGAUUAUUUAUAAAUAAAUUGUUAUUUGUUA